GUCGUCCCUCGUCUCGGACCGGCCACAGGUUUCUGCUCGCCUCCGGCCGGGGGUCGGGAACUGCGGGCGUCAGUUUCCCUCAAGAUGGCGGACGAGGAGGCAGGGGGUGCGGAGAGGAUGGAAGUCAGUACCGAGUUUCCCCAGACCCCGCAGCGCCUGGCGUCUUGGUGGGAUCAGCAAAUUGAUUUUUAUACUGCAUUCUUACAUCAUUUGGCACAAUUGGUGCCAGAAAUUUAUUUUGCUGAAAUGGACCCAGACUUGGAAAAGCAGGAAGAGAAUGUGCAAAUGUCAAUAUUCACUCCAUUGGAAUGGUACUUAUUUGGGGAAGAUCCAGAUAUUUGUUUAGAGAGAUUGAAGCACAGUGGAGCAUUUCAGCUUUGUGGGAAGGUUUUCAAAAGUGGAGAGACAACAUAUUCUUGUAGGGACUGUGCAAUUGAUCCAACAUGUGUACUCUGUAUGGACUGCUUCCAGAAUAGUGUUCAUAAAAAUCAUCGUUACAAGAUGCAUACUUCUACUGGAGGAGGAUUUUGUGACUGUGGAGACACAGAGGCAUGGAAAACUGGCCCUUUUUGUGUGAAUCAUGAACCUGGACGAGCAGGUACUAUAAAAGAGAAUUCACGUUGUACAUUGAAUGAAGAGGUAAUUGCCCAAGCCAGGAAAAUAUUCCCUUCGGUGAUAAAAUACAUUGUAGAAAUGACAAUAUGGGAAGAGGAAAAAGAGCUGCCCCCUGAACUCCAGAUAAGGGAGAAAAAUGAAAGAUACUAUUGUGUCCUUUUCAAUGAUGAACACCAUUCAUAUGACCAUGUCAUAUAUAGCCUACAGAGAGCUCUCGAUUGUGAGCUUGCAGAGGCCCAGUUGCAUACCACGGCCAUAGACAAAGAGGGUCGCCGGGCUGUUAAAGCAGGUGUUUAUUCUGCUUGCCAAGAAGCAAAGGAGGAUAUAAAGAGUCAUUCGGAAAAUGUCUCUCAACAUCCACUUCAUGUAGAAGUAUUGCACUCUGAGGUUAUGGCUCAUCAGAAAUUUGCUUUGCGUCUUGGCUCCUGGAUGAACAAAAUUAUGAGCUAUUCAAGUGACUUUAGGCAAAUCUUUUGCCAAGCAUGUCUUAGAGAAGAACCUGGCUCUGAGAAUCCCUGUCUCAUAAGCAGGUUAAUGCUUUGGGAUGCAAAGCUUUAUAAAGGUGCCCGUAAGAUCCUUCAUGAAUUGAUCUUCAGCAGUUUUUUUAUGGAGAUGGGAUACAAAAAACUCUUUGCUAUGGAAUUUGUAAAGUAUUAUAAACAGCUGCAGAAAGAAUAUAUCAGUGAUGAUCAUGACAGAAGUAUCUCUGUAACUGCACUUUCAGUUCAGAUGUUUACUGUUCCUACUCUGGCUCGACAUCUUAUUGAAGAGCAGAAUGUUAUCUCUGUCAUUACUGAAACUCUGCUAGAAGUUUUACCUGAGUACUUGGACAGGAACAAUAAAUUCAAUUUCCAGGGUUAUAGCCAGGACAAAUUGGGAAGAGUAUAUGCAGUAAUAUGUGACCUAAAGUAUAUCUUGAUCAGCAAGCCCGCAAUAUGGACAGAGAGAUUAAGAAUGCAGUUCCUUGAAGGUUUUCGAUCUUUUUUGAAGAUUCUUACCUGUAUGCAGGGAAUGGAAGAAAUCAGAAGACAGGUUGGGCAGCACAUUGAAGUAGAUCCUGACUGGGAGGCUGCCAUUGCUAUACAGAUGCAGCUGAAGAAUAUUUUACUUAUGUUCCAGGAGUGGUGUGCUUGUGAUGAAGAACUUUUACUUGUGGCCUAUAAAGAAUGUCACAAAGCUGUGAUGAGGUGCAGUACAAAUUUCAUAUGUGGUAGCAAGACGGUAGUACAAUUGUGUGGUCAUACUUUGGAAACUAAGUCCUACAGAGUGUCUGAGGAUCUUGUAAGCAUACAUCUGCCACUCUCUAGGACUCUUGCUGGUCUUCAUGUGCGUUUAAGCAGGCUGGGUGCUGUUUCACGACUGCAUGAAUUUGUGCCUUUUGAGGACUUUCAAGUAGAGGUACUAGUGGAAUAUCCUUUGCGUUGUCUGGUAUUGGUUGCCCAGGUUGUUGCUGAGAUGUGGCGAAGAAAUGGGCUCUCUCUCAUUAGCCAGGUGUUUUAUUACCAAGAUGUUAAGUGCAGAGAGGAAAUGUAUGAUAAAGAUAUUAUCAUGCUUCAGAUUGGUGCAUCUUUAAUGGAUCCUAAUAAGUUCUUAUUACUGGUACUUCAAAGAUAUGAACUUGCUGAUGCUUUUAAGAAGACCAUAUCUACAAAAGACCAGGAUUUGAUUAAACAAUAUAAUACAUUAAUAGAAGAAAUGCUUCAGGUCCUCAUCUAUAUUGUGGGAGAGCGUUAUGUGCCUGGAGUGGGAAAUGUGACCAAAGAAGAGGUCACAAUGAGAGAAAUUAUUCACUUGCUUUGCAUUGAACCCAUGCCACACAGUGCCAUUGCCAAAAAUUUACCUGAGAAUGAAAAUAAUGAAACUGGCUUAGAGAAUGUCAUAAACAAAGUGGCCACAUUUAAUAGAGAUAAAACAGCAGAACAUACACAGAAGAAAAGGAGAAAACAAGAAAACAAAGAUGAAGCAUUGCCACCACCACCACCUCCUGAAUUCUGCCCUGCUUUCAGCAAAGUGGUUAACCUCCUCAACUGUGAUAUCAUGAUGUACAUUCUCAGGACCAUAUUUGAGCGGGCAGUAGAUACAGAUUCUAACUUGUGGACUGAAGGGAUGCUCCAAAUGGCAUUUCAUAUUCUGGCACUGGGUUUACUAGAAGAGAAGCAACAGCUUCAAAAAAUUCCUGAAGAGGAAGUGACAUUCGACUUUUAUUAUAAGGCUUCAAGAUUGGGAAGUUCAGCCACGAAUACCCAGAAUAUACAAAUACUGUUGGAAAAACUCAAGGGAAUUCCCCAGUUAGAAGGCCAGAAGGACAUGAUAACAUGGAUACUUCAGAUGUUUGACACAGUGAAGCGGUUAAGAGAAAAAUCUUGUUUAAUGGUAGCAACUACUUCAGGAUCGGAUUCUAUUAAGAAUGAUGAGAUUACUCAUGAUAAAGAAAAAGCAGAACGGAAAAGAAAAGCUGAAGCUGCCAGGCUACAUCGCCAGAAGAUCAUGGCUCAGAUGUCUGCCUUACAGAAAAACUUCAUUGAAACUCAUAAACUCAUGUAUGACAAUACAUCAGAAAUGUCUGGGAAAGAAGAUUCCAUUAUGGAGGAAGAGAGCACCCCAGCAGUCAGUGACUACUCUAGAAUUGCUUUGGGUCCUAAACGGGGUCCAUCUGUUACUGAAAAAGAAGUGCUGACCUGCAUCCUCUGCCAAGAAGAACAAGAGGUGAAAAUAGAAAAUAAUGCCAUGGUCCUAUCAGCCUGUGUCCAGAAAUCUACUGCCUUAACCCAGCACAGGGGAAAGCCUGUAGAACUCUCAGGGGAAACCCUGGACCCACUUUUCAUGGAUCCAGAUUUGGCAUAUGGAACUUAUACAGGAAGCUGUGGUCAUGUAAUGCAUGCAGUGUGCUGGCAGAAGUAUUUUGAAGCUGUACAGCUGAGCUCUCAGCAGCGCAUUCAUGUCGACCUUUUUGACCUGGAGAGUGGAGAAUAUCUUUGCCCUCUUUGCAAGUCUCUGUGUAAUACUGUGAUCCCCAUUAUUCCUUUGCAACCUCAAAAGAUAAACAGUGAGAAUGCAGAAGCUCUGGCUCAACUUUUGCCCCUGGCACGAUGGAUACAGACUGUUCUGGCCAGAAUAUCGGGUUAUAAUAUAAGACAUGCUAAAGGAGAAAACUCAACAAUUCCUGUCUUAUUUAAUCAAGGAAUGGGAGAUUCUACUUUUGAGUUCCAUUCCAUCCUGAAUUUUGGAGUUCAGUCUUCGAUUAAAUAUUCUAAUAGUAUCAAGGAAAUGGUCAUUCUCUUUGCCACAACAAUUUAUAGAAUUGGACUGAAAGUGCCUCCUGAUGAAACAGAUCCUCGAAUCCCCAUGAUGACCUGGUGCACAUGUGCUUUCACUAUCCAGGCAAUUGAAAACCUACUGGGAGAUGAAGGAAAACCUCUGUUUGGAGCACUUCAAAAUAGGCAGCAUAAUGGUCUGAAAGCAUUAAUGCAGUUUGCAAUUGCACAGAGGAUCACCUGUCCCCAGAUCCUGAUACAGAAACAUCUGGUUCGUCUCCUGUCAGUUGUUCUGCCUAACCUAAAAUCGGAAGAUACACCAUGCCUUCUAUCUGUAGAUCUGUUUCAUGUUUUGGUAGGUGCUGUGUUAUCAUUCCCAUCCUUGUAUUGGGAUGACACUGUUGAUCUGCAGCCUUCAUCAGUUAGUGCUUCCUAUAACCACCUUUAUCUCUUCCAUUUGAUCACUAUGGCACACAUGCUUCAGAUACUUCUUACGAUAGACACAGGCCUCCCCCUUGCUCAGGUUCAAGAAGACAGUGAAGAGGCUCGUUCAGCAUCUUCUUUCUUAGCAGAAGUUUCCCAGUACACAAGUGGCAAGCUUUAUGUUGAAGAUUAUUCUGCAGAAGGAGAGUUCAGUGCACUUUGUAGCUAUCUAUCUUUACCCACAAAUUUGUUCCUGCUCUUCCAGGAGUAUUGGGAUACUGUACGGCCCUUGCUCCAGAGAUGGUGCACAGAUCACGCCUUACUAAACUGUUUGAAGCAAAAAAGCACUGUGGUCAGGUACCCUAGAAAAAGAAAUAGUUUGAUAGAGCUUCCUGAUGACUAUAGUUGCCUCCUAAAUCAAGCUUCUCAUUUCAGGUGCCCGCGGUCUGCAGAUGAUGAGCGAAAACAUCCUGUCCUCUGUCUUUUCUGUGGGGCUAUACUAUGUUCUCAGAACAUUUGCUGUCAAGAAAUCGUUAAUGGGGAAGAGGUUGGAGCUUGCAUUUUUCAUGCACUUCACUGUGGAGCUGGAGUCUGCAUAUUCCUAAAAAUCAGAGAAUGCAGAGUGGUCCUGGUUGAAGGUAAAGCCAGAGGCUGUGCCUAUCCAGCUCCUUACUUGGAUGAAUAUGGAGAAACAGACCCUGGCCUGAAGAGGGGCAACCCCCUUCAUUUAUCACGUGAGCGGUAUCGGAAGCUCCAUUUGGUCUGGCAGCAACACUGUAUUAUAGAAGAAAUUGCUAGGAGCCAGGAAACUAAUCAAAUGUUAUUUGGAUUCAACUGGCAGUUACUAUGAGCUCCAGCUCUGCCUCAAGACAAUCAGGAAUGACAACAGUAAUAAAGACUGACUCAAAAUUAUGGAGAACUUUCUGAGGGAUGGGGAAAGUCAGAGGGUCUUUUGCUUCAUGUCCAGAUUCACAUACAUCAAUAAAAUAUUCCUUAAUGGAGUAUUGAUUUCAAUUAGCAAACACAUGCUUCAAGGGACAUAGAUUAAUCUGUUUUGUGUUCUAGUACACUGAAGAAAUGCUUGUUUACCCCAAAUGUUGAGUCUGCUAGUAUUUCCAGGAAUCUUGUUCCCCUUCAUAAUUUGUCCCAUUUCAUUUCAUCCACUUGGCAAUUGAAAUCACAUCAAAUAGUUGUGGACAUUUUUAUAUGUUGAUUAACUCUUCUGCAAUUUUGUAUUUGGUGUUUUCCCACAGUUUAAUUCAGCUAAUAUUGUACCACCAAGAUUCUGAUAAUCUGCGAUAGUCCUCCUUGCAGCUAAAGAGUAAUUAUAGAAACCAUGCAAUAUCUGCAAUUGAGAAAGAUUUCCAAAAAAGUGAAUUUUUGUAUUAUUCUCUUUUAAGGAAAUACUCUAAAUGUACCACCUGUUGCUAAAGCCACAAAUUAAACUAAAUGUCUUUAUGGCCAGAGUGCAAUUCUGCCUGUGUGGAAAAACUUUUCUCCCUACUGUGGACCUCAAAAAGAGUUAGAAUAAUGUAUUUAUUAUUCAUUUCUGAUGGUGGGCCUGUAAUUCUAACCUCUUACUACAAAUAGCUUUUUGAGUUUUGAAAAUAUAAUUUACAUUUUCAAAAGGCAGGUUUUUAUAAUGAGAUCACUUAUCUUGUGAUUAUGGCACCAUCCUGUUUGAUUCUCAGAAAUCUGUUGCAGCUCUGAUGUAAACUGUUUGUACAAAGAGAAAAGAAAAUUCCCAAUGAAUGGAGCAUGACAACUGUAAAUUAGAACAGUGAGAUUUAAGGCAAUUCUGCAAACUUCUCCCUUUAUAAAAGACAAAUCCUUGAUGUUAUCUGUGUGCAAACUUUUCGUAAACUCUGGUUUUAUGACUAGUCCAAACCACCAAAAAAGCUAUGUGAUCAAUAGUCAGUGUCCUGUUGUAACAUACUGUGGUUGAGCCAUAUUGUUUAUAGAGCUCCCCCAAAUCUGUGCAUAGACUUUUUGGUUCUUGGCUUUAAUAUUUUAUAUGAAGAACUAGUGAUAUAAAGCAGCACACAGAGGAUAAGUUGAAACCUUCAUUUUAGCUUCUGUUGUCUCUGGAGUAAUGUUAAGAGUUUGAAAGAGUCAUUCAAAGACCGUAUCUUACUUUGCCUUUUACUACUACUGUCUAUAUAAGGUGUAUAAAUGUUUUCCUGCCUUCUUUUUGCUCAGCAAAGGCAAACAAGUAAAAAUAUAUUUGGUAAGUGAUUAAUAAUGCACAUUUGGGGCUAAAUUUUGUUACACUUUAAAGCAGUGGUUCUCAACCUUCCUAAUGUCGCAGCCCUUUAAUAACAGUUCCUGUGGGUCGCAGCCCACAGGUUGAGAACCACUGCUUUAAAGAAAAGUGGAUUUUUGUGGUAAGGAAUUGGCAUAAGCAGGCACCAGAAUUACAAUCAUGAUUUUCUCCUUAAAUAAUUACUAUGCAGAAGGUAUCAGGAAAUAAGGACUACUCUAAUGAAUAGUUUGUAACAGUUAACAAGUGAGAAUCAGAAAAUUCAGUAUUCAGUUUAUCACAUUUGCCAGUAUGAUUGAGUGAUUUGAACAUUUCCCUUAUAUAAUUGUGUUGGAUGCGUUGUUUGGCUGGGAAGUCUAGGCUAUUACAGAAAACAGAAGAUGCUGACUUGUGCCCUAAUUGAUUGGUCCCAGUGUAGCAAAGAUAAACUGACUUUAUUUCUAGUCUUUUUACAUUCACUUCAUAAAUCUUGGGGUCAAAUUCUCAAGCUGCCAGAGGGACUAUCUGGCAAUGGCCAGCCAGACCUUUAUUGCCAAAGAACACAUUUCCUAUUUUUUGCUUAUUAAGAUUCAGAUUUCUGUACUGCAGAUGAACAUAACGUCUCAGUGCUACCCCUAGCCCAAGGGAUUUCUAAUUAUAUUCACGUGUCCUUGUGGUUUGCCUUCAUCAUUGCAAACAAUUACGCUAACAAAGUUUACUUUCAAACAAGCAACUGAGUCACUUUAUUUUCUUUAGUGUAAUACACGAAGGCACUGGUUCAAGAGGAUGGCUCUAAAAUUUUUUCUGUUUGGUCAGGGGCUGGUAAGAGUUUUAAUAACAGUGAAAGAAAAUAUAUAUCUGUAUAAUUAAUUUAUUAUGUUGGUAUAUGGGGUGUGAGUUCACCUGUUAGUGGUCAUUUGUCAUUUCAUAACAACUAUGCAUUUUGGUUCACUGUGAUGAUGAUCUAUAUUUAGUGACUGCAACAUGUUAAUACCACUGAUUGAAAUUCCAUCCAUGAUGAAGUUAUACAAAUGAUGCAUAUAUUGAUAUCUUUUAUUGCAAAAAUGUAAAUUUAAAACUUGUAUAAUGUUCUUGUGCUUUUUGAAAUAAAAUAUAUGUGUAUAUUUAAAAAA